AUGGCCUACAACUUCGUUCGCUCGUACAUAGACACCUUCCGCGAGCGCACCGCGCAAAUCUCCCACACCUCGACCUUCCGCAACACAGGCCAGAUCACACCAGAGGAGUUCGUGCUUGCGGGCGACUUCCUCGUAUUCAAGUUCCCCUCCUGGUCGUGGGCCGACGCCUCGCAUCCCUCAAAGCGCGUCUCGUACCUCCCCGAGGGCAAGCAGUUCCUGGUCACACGAGGCGUGCCUUGCCAUCGCCGGCUUGACGACAACUUCGCUGGAGAAGCAGGCCAGGACGAGACACUCGUGCGGGAUGGCUUCGCGGCGGGAGAGGGCGAACCAGACGACGAUGGCUGGCUGAGGACUGGGGGCAUGGCAGCUAGCCAAGAGGCGAGGGUGCGCGAUGUGCGGACGGUCGACGAGAGCGGGAAUCUGGGAGAGGCGGGGGAGGAGGACGAGGAGAUUCCCGACAUGGAGGAUGACGACGACGAGGCCAUCAUCCGAGAGCCGCAGUCUGGCGCCGGGACUUCAGCGCCGCUCCGAACAUACACCCUCUACAUAUGCUACUCUGCUCACUACCGUACCCCGCGCCUCUACCUCUCCGGCUACGGACCGUCCUCCGAGCCACUCCGACCACAACAGAUGAUGGAGGAUAUUGUCGGCGACUACAAGGACAAGACAGUGACCAUCGAGGACUUCCCUUUCUUCGAGGCGGCCAUCAAGACCGCCUCCGUGCACCCCUGUAAGCAUGCGUCGGUCAUGAAGGUCCUCCUCGACCGUGCAGAUGCUGCCUUGAAGCUCCGACUAGCAAAGCUCAAGGCCGGAAAGGAUGUCUCCAAACUGGACAGCGGCAUGGAGGGCCUUGUCGACGACACAAAGCUCUUGAAACUGACAGAACGGGCUAAGCAUGCGGAAGGCGAGGAAGGCGGCAAAGACAAGAUGGGAGACGAAUGGGAGGUCCUGGAGGAGGGAGCAGAGGACGACGAGGUUGCCAUCCGCGUAGACCAGUACCUCGUCGUAUUCCUUAAGUUCAUGGCUAGUGUCACGCCGGGCAUCGAACACGACUUCACUAUGGGGGUAUAG